GCGUCUGCGUUUACCUACGAAAGGCUCGACAAAAACAACAGUGUUCUGCUCGUAGUCGACCACCAGGAGGGCCUCUACCAGGUGGCCCGGGACAUCCCUGCAGUCGAGAUGAAGGCGAACAUCCUUGCGCACGCUGCGCUCGCCAAGGUGUUCAACUUGCCUACCAUCCUGACAACCAGUGCCGACCAAGGUCCUAACGGCCCUCUGACUGAGGAAAUCGUUAAACUGCAUCCCGACGCGCCCUUUAUUCACCGCCAGGGCGAGGUCAACGCCUGGGACAACGCUGACUUUCGUGCCGCCGUCGAGGCGACCGGCAAGAAACAAGUCAUUCUUGCCGGUAUCACGACCGAUGUCUGCACGGCGUUCCUCGCGCUCUCUCUGAAGGACGCCGGCUACAGCGUCUUCGCCAAUAGCGACGCCUCGGGCACGUUUGACGUCAAGACGGCUCAAGAUGCUAACGACCGCAUGCGUGCUGCUGGCGUCAAUGUCCUCUCCAUGUUUGCCGUCGCGCUCGAGCUCAUGCGUGACUGGCGCAACACCCCGGGUUCCCCCGAAAUGCUGCCCUUCUUCGACCAGUAUCUGCCCCAGUACGGGUUCCUGGCGAGGAGUCACGAUGCGGCCGUGCUCAACGGAACGCUCUCUGCUCUGAACACAACCCUUGAUAACCAGUACCCAGUCUAA